CUCUGCUCUCUCUCUUCGUCUUGCUCCUAGCUACAACGCCAGAAGCGUUGACAAUGCUACAGCCAAGUGGAAUUCAGACGCAUUCACGGAUUAGCACCGCUUUGGAAAGCGCUGUCUACCGUACUUCAGGGAAAGCCAAUGAAGAGAAAAGCGGUCGCAGCGUCAAGACCAAACGAUUUGAUGACUACAGUCCGUACAGCAGCAAUCCGUACGAUGCGGGUCCCAUUGACAUGUGCAGCUAUCCUCAAAUAGACGUGUGCAACUUACCCGCCGGAUACACUGUAUCCGAGUACUCUGCUCGAGGCGCUUCAAGUUUAAACGACGUUUUCACGACGGCGAAAAACAAUCUUUUACAGCUAGACAGUCCAACAUGUGCAACGUCUGUAUUGAAUGUGAGAUGCAGACAUUCAGUCGUUCCUCAGUGCGUCUCCAAUACAACAGUUCGAUAUCCUGGAAAUUUCAUGGAAGAUUGUCGGAAAGCAACUCAAUAAUGCUCGAGACUACUGUACGCAAAGCCUAACUUUUAUGAAAUCGUAAGCGCUGCAGUCAUGAAAGGCGGAGAGUUCUCUCUAACAAAAUGUCGUCUUCCAAAUGUUGACGGUUGUACCGAUUCUCGCCCGUCUCCCAACUGGCUUGUCGCCGAGUUUGAAUAUCUAUCUUCGAAGGCGCCAUUCAGAUCUACUGUCAGUAAACUACACCUCUAUGGAACGUGCAAAAGCAAUUUUAUACGUUUGGCUUGUACGAAACCGUCGUGCGAAUCUAACAAUCGUAUGCGUUGCUAUAAGAACCGUGCAGAAUGCAACGACUUUCUGAAUUGCAUCAGCAAUUUCGAAACAAAACAAAUCCUUGAAAAAAGUCUCUUGUGUGAUGUUGUCGACCAUUUUCGUAACCCCAGCACAUGCGCUGGAAAGACUCGAUCUUGUCACAUUUCUAAUAACGACGCUACUAUCUAUAGGGAUGCGCACAAAUCGACUGAUGACGUUAGUCAUAAAGACAGCCAUGACGGUUGCGACAUAGGUUGCUACAUUGGGUUUGCUGCUGGAUGUCCUGGAGCUCUCUUUCUACUAGCAGUUGUGGCAGUCAUUGCGGAAAAGAAAGAGGCUGCAGGCAGAAGGUAUGGUGCAGCGUGCGUACGUACGUAAUGCUUACAUUCUCUUUGCAAACAAUCCUACGGUCCAUUGAAAAUCACUACCUAAAGAUUAGACCACCAAGUUCAAGACUGUACUAGCAACUGUGCUGCAUGCUGCGUAGCUCUAGCUAUAUUCUAUAGUGUUUGCUUACUUUGUAAUGUUUGACUGCGUUUCGUCAGUGUAUAGCUUACAGCUUAUAGUAUUAAAACUUU